AUGUUAGAUGGAUUAGCAUUUUUACGUAUAGAUGAUGUUAUUAAAGGUUUAGAAUUUUUAAAAAGUGUUAUUCCCGAUGAAGGGACAGACCUUGUAAAAUAUUUUGAAACCACUUACGUAAACGGUUGUCCCAAAAUAUUAGGUAAAAAUAAAAGAAUUAUAGUUAAAAACGUUCCGGCUCCAUUCCCUCCUUCUGUUUGGAAUGUACAUUUAACCACUUUAAAUGAUAAUAAUCGGACAAAUAAUCAAACUGAAGGAUGGGACCAUCGCUUUUCUAAACUUUUUAAUCAAACACAUCCAUUCAUAUGGCAUUUAAUUGAAAAAAUGCGCCUAGAAGUCGUUGUUGACAGCACGCAUUUGUUACAAAGAGAAUUAGGACAACCGCCCCCAAAAAAAUUAAAAAUAUUGACUGCUGAAUAUCAUAAUGGUGAUAGAACCAUAAAUAACUUUUUACAUGCAAUAAGUAAUGUGAUAAUACAUUUAAAAUAG